GUAACACAAGCGGGAAGUUGGAAGAAGGGACGGAAGUUGGGGCACUUCUUGUGCUUUUUUUUUAACUCUUAAUACUUAACGCUUACUUACUCUUAAUUUACGUAAAUGUCUGUCUGCUGUUGUGUAUAACGUAAAGUUGAUUUAGCAUAUUUUUCUGCGGCUCUAUGUGGAAUUUCAGACAACAAUCACCUCUACGGAGAGCCUGUUUUCAGUGGAGCACUGAAUGAGUGAUCAGAUGGAGAAGGUGUACAUCCUGGAGCGGGAAGUGGGCCGGGGCAGCUAUGGGGUGGUUUUCGAGGGCCGUGUAGCCGAGACAGGGCCAUGGGGUAUCCGGGGCGAUAGGGUUGCUAUUAAGCGCCUUCCCUGUAGUAGCCCUGAGUGCAUCGAGCUGUUCCUACAGGAGCUCUGGGCCAUGAGAGCUACAGCUAGGAGCCACCCCAAUGUCAUUGCCCUCCACUGCUGCCUCCAUCAGACUGGACCUAACAUCCUUCAGCCCCUGGGGGCAGGGAAGCUACCGCUGGACCUGGUGGAGAGCGCCCUCAAGGGCAGCGUGAAACGAUCAUCUCCGGCCCACAAAGGCACAACCGCUAAGACGCGUGGGAAAAUGUUGCCUCUGCAACCUGCUGCCAUGAGCUGCUCUGCCCUGUGGCUGGUCAUGGAGUACUGUGAUGGCGGCGACUUGAACCGCUAUCUGCUGUCAAGGCCCCCAGACACCCAGAGGAACUACAGCGUGAUCCAGCAGUUGAGCAGCGCCGUGGCAUUCCUGCACAAGCUCCGAAUCGUGCACCGUGAUUUGAAACCCGACAACGUACUGGUGCAGGACACCCCUGCUGGACCGCUUAUCAAGGUUGCGGACUUUGGGCUCAGCAAGAUGAGCGAAGGAUUGGCCGAGGGGCACCUCAACAGGAAGUGUUUCUCCUCCACCUGCGGUUCGGACUUCUACAUGGCCCCAGAGGUGUGGGCUGGCCGUAGCUACACAGACCAGGCAGACAUCUUCUCCUUAGGCGUGCUCUUCUGGGCCGUGUUGGAGAGGAUCACCUUCCUGGAGGAUGGCAGCAUGCAGGAACAGCUCGGUGCCUACGUGUGCCGGGGCCGCUGGCUGGUGCCGCUGGGUGAGGCCCUAAGUGAGAACCCAGACCUGCAGCUGGUCAUCCCUAUGAGGGCCCGGCGGGCCCCUCCUCUGCCUGCCCCCCCGACACCACAACUGUGCACUCUGCUCUUGGACAUGUUGGCCAGCGAUCCGGCCUCCCGGCCCACGGCCUGCCAGCUAGAAGAGAGGGUUCACUCUGCCACAACCUCCCAGUGAAGGCCAAAGCCAAAUGGCCAUCCUCACUCGAGCACUGUUUUCCAAUCUAGUCCUUGGGAACCCACAGACGGUCCACGUUUUUGCUCCCUUCCACAGUCCACUCCAUACAGGGAGCUGAGAAGGAGCAAAACUGUGGACUGUUUGUGGGUUCCCAAGGACUGGGUUGGGAACUGCUGUAUAAGUCAGAGGGAUGGAGUGCUUUCUUGGGAAUACCAUGUGAAACAGCAUGUGGAAUAUCUCACCAGACUUUGCUCCUAGCGCUAGCUGCUUUUUUCAAAAUGGAAUAUACUUAAUUUACUACAUCGUGUUGCUUUGAAGGUAUUGUGUUCUUGGGAUUUGUGUAAAGAAGUAUAUUUAUUUUAGAAGUAUUAAAAAAAUUGCAGUCCUCAA